AGGUUUGUCAGCCUUGAGCCAACCGCCGCUCGCGAGUGACGUACGCUCUGCUGCUACGUUACCAAAUUUCGCGCUAAACUGUUUACAUACGGAAUUUGAAAAUGAGAUAACGCAUUCUCAAAAGUGCAAAGUGUGGAAAUAAAAGGUUUUGUGACUCGAAUUUGGAAUAAAGUGUUGAAUUAAAGUGCUAACGAGUUCUCAGUGUUGUGUGCGGACAGUUAAGUUGAAGUUAAGUAAAAACAAAAGUGUUGAAGCAAGAUGGGAGCGUAGGAUUUGUUUAAGAAGUGUUAAUCAUUGUUUAGAAAGUUGCCGCAGCGCCAUGGGGACCAGCGGAGUGCUUUCACCGUUUACUUUGUUCCUGUUAUGUGCAGCGGUCACUUGGGCGGGCGCCGAAGAUGAAAGCCACGACGCGCGCGAAGGCGACGAUGUGACGCUCCGCUGUCGCUUCAACUUCGAGCCCCUCGCUGGGGAAUCACCCACGUACUACUGGGUGCGAAGCACCGCUAGCGGACACGACAAUGUCGCUAUCAAGGAUACACCGCUCGAGACUAACUACCAAAUCACGUUCGCGCCGGCUGAGGGACGUUACGACCUGUCUGUGUCAAACGUGUCGUACGAGCGGGACAAUGGACGCUUCGAGUGCCGGGUGAAGGCGGGGGGGUCAGGGCGCACGCUGCACUCGCAGGCGCACGCGCUGGUCGUGCUCACGCACCCUCGUGCCCCUCUGCUCUCGCCUGGCGCGCACGCUAAUGCGCAAGAGGGAAGGGAGAUCAAGCUCGCGUGCUCAAGCUCAGGGGGAUCACCGGAACCUGUUGUCAAAUGGUACCGCGACGGAUCAACCUACCCUCUGGAAGCGAACAUGACGCAUGCACGCACACGCGCGGAGCCCACCAUAGCGACUUUAACACUCACACCGACAAGAGACGACGACGACGCUGUGUUCCGUUGCGUAGUCUGGAACCGCGCUAUGCCGGAGGGUCAACAGCUGGAUGCUACUGUUCAGCUUAGUGUCAACUAUUUCCCUCGAGUCGAAGUGGGCCCAGAAAAUCCGUUGCGUGUAGAACUCGACGGCAGCGCCACCAUGGAGUGCAAAGUCGACGCCAAACCGAAAGUCAACUCCGUGACCUGGAUGAGGAACGGCAAAUUUAUAUCCAACUCCUUCACUCACACUAUCCAGGGCGUGACCGUGCAGGACGCAGGCAAAUACUCCUGCUCCGCUGACAACGGGCUUGGGCGCUCCGGCGAGCGAGAAAUCUUCGUCGAUGUCCUAUACCCACCCACUGUCACCGUCGAGUCCAAAACCUUUGAGGCUGAAGAGGGCGGCACCGUCAAGAUUCAUUGCGAAGUGUCCGCCAACCCUGAACCCAUAUCCAUAGAAUGGACCAUGGAAGGCAAACCUGACUUCAAACAGGACGGCAACGAUUUACUGCUGACGCGCGUGAACGCCGACAUGGCCGGCACGUACGUCUGCCGCGCCAUCAACGUCAUCUCCGCCACCAAUGGGAAGCGAGUUGAGCGCGCCAGCAGCGCGUCUGUAGCGGUCCUGGUGCGACACAAACCCGGCCCCGCUCGCGUCAGCCCCGACCGACCAGUAGCACAGGAGGGCGCUGGUGUCACCCUCACUUGUAUAGCGCGUCCGCCCGGCUGGCCCGCGCCCCAAUACCGCUGGUUCCGCGACAUCGACUCCGCCGACGCCAAACCCCAAGUUCUAGCAACCGGCAACAAAUACACCAUCCCUAGCGCGCACCUCGGCAGCGAAGGCGUCUACCACUGCCAGGCCACCAACGAGCUCGGUCACGGCGACCUCGCCUCCGUAACCCUCGAAGUCCACCAACCCCCCAGAUUCCAAGCCAAACUCCAGCCCCACAUGACCAAGCCCUCCGGCGAACAAGACUUCUCCGUAACUUGCAGCGCACUCGGCAAACCCCGCCCCAACGUCAAGUGGUACAAAGACAACUCCGAGAUUAAACUAGACGGGAACUUGUACGAAGUCAAAACUGAUAUUACAGAGGGCAGAAACUCUGUUUACAACGUGCAGAGUACGCUGAGAUUCUACGGAAAAACGCGACCGAGCACUAACGACCUACUGCCGGAGGAUAGGGGGAUAUAUUCGUGUACGUUCGAGAACGAAGUCAAGAAAGUCGAGUCCACUAUGCAUCUGCGGAUAGAGCAUGAACCAAUACCCAUCAAGCAACAGAAAAAAGUAGCAUACGACGUGAAAGAGGUCGCCGAAAUCUCAUGCCGAGUGCAAGCGUACCCCAAGCCAGAAUUCCAAUGGUUCUACGGCUCAAACACGGCCCCACUGCAAAUGUCUUCCGACGGACAUUAUGAAAUAAACACUAGCACAGACAACAACGAUUCCUACUUCAGCGUGCUAAAGAUAAGAAACGUAAAACCACAGGACUAUGGCGAUUAUUACUGCAACGUCAAAAACUCUCUGGGCAGCGUGCGGCCACAGAUAAAAUUACAACCUAAAGGCGCGCCAGAAACGCCUAAAGCGCUCAAUAGUAAAAAAAUCGGCCCUAGCUACGUGACUCUUCAAUGGGAGGCUGGAUUCGACGGGGGACUGUCAAGUACCAAAUACUUCGUGAGAUACAGGCGCGUGGGAGCCCCGGGGGCCCCGGGGGCUUCGGAUUGCGUGGCUGAGCGCACGGCGGCACAGGACUGGAUGGAGUAUGACUGCGGGCGCUCCAACCCGUGCAAUGUGACGAGGUUGGAUCAGCACAACUCUUACUCUUUCAAGGUUAAAGCCGUAAACACGAAGGGACAGAGCAACUACUCCAACGAGCUGACGGUGACCACGAAGGUGGACAAGAUCCCCGCGCCAGAGCAGGUCACUUACGAGCCGAGCUCCAGGACCGUGGCGUUCAGCGUCGGGCCCACUUGCCUACCGCUGGUGGGAGUCGCGGAGGCGAUGCAGCCUAACCAUCAUUGGCAGGUCCUAGACACAGUACCCCUCCGCCUGUCCGGCGCCGCGUCCACGGCCCAAGAGGCCGUCUUGGAGUCCCCGGCCCCCCGCGGCCCCCGGCCCGAGGACCCGAACCCUCGCCUGCGGCUCAAGCUGUGUCUCCAGGUCAACCAGGAGGUCUGCAGCGACUAUACUGAGGCUGACAUCGGCCCACCCUACAUCAAAGAAGCGUCAUCAUUCAGCACAGCGACCCUCGUCGCCAUCCUCAUCUCCUGCCUAGUCUUCCUACUCUUCCUAAGUCUACUCUUCGUGUUCUGCCGUUGCAAACGCAACGAAAACAAGAAGGAGACAGCUAAAGACUAUGAGAUGGAUUCUAUGAGACCAGCGAUGGUGACGCCUCAGAAUCAGGCGCCCCCGCCUUACUAUCCUAGCUCUGGGAUGGAGAACAAGGCACUAGAACAUUCUAUGGAGCUAGCACUAGCUAUGGAGGAUUCUAAGAGUGCUGUAUACGCGUCACAGAGCGGUUAUGGAUAUCAUUUAGCGCCGCAUCAGACGAUGCCGCACGGGCAACUGCCACCGCAGUCGCAUCCGCAAAACAUGACUAAUACUGACUGGGUAAACAUGGGCUACAUAGAGAACAGUUACACCAACAGCAACAACGGCGGCAGCGUCAACUCGCAGGACUCGCUGUGGCAGAUGAAGAUGGCCGCCGCCAACGGCGCCAUGCCCUCACACCCGCCUCACCAGGUGCUCGACCGCCAGAGCCACUACGGCUACGACGCGCACGGCUACGGCGCCAUGGACGACUACGCGCCGUACCCGCUGCCCGCGCCGACCGCCGACUGCCUGCGCUCGCAGAACCCCAGCCGCCAGGAGUACUGCUCGGACCCGUACGCGCAAGUGCACAAGCCUAAGAAGCAACAGCAUAUAGAAUCCCCUUACCAUGAGGUGAGCGGCCUCCCAGAGUCGUACGGCGGCGAGGCAGGCGGUGAAGACAAGCCGCCGCACCUGUCUCUCAGCUACGACGAGUCCCUCGAGUCCGGGUACUCCACGCCCAACUCGCGCGCGCGCCGCGUCAUCCGCGAGAUCAUCGUGUAGCCCCCACCCCGCACAUGGCGACCCUGCCCGCUGUAAGCCUAGCAUUCACGCUUAAUGAGCGCCUCAGAAUGCUGCUUUGUACGGCGCAUACCAAUUGGUCAAAUGAUCAUUGUUAAACCAUUUUACGAGAUAAGCUGCGUUUUUAUGUUUCGGAUAUUAAAAUUACUGUUCCUUUGAUCAAUCUACUACCUAAUUUGUCAGCUUUUGUACAAAAAUUUGUUAGAUUGGCCAAUCGAACGGUCUUGUUAGUAGGUAUCUGGGAUACAAAAACAACAUAAUCACUUGUGUCUUUGUGUGAACGCUGGGCUUCACACAUGCCGAGGCAAUUCGCUGAAUUAGCCUAACUAGCACUAGCGCGUAACUUCGUCCGCGACUAAGUUACAGACGAAUAUUUGUUUGACUCCGGAGCUACGUAAGCACCAGACUUAUGCUACAAUCGUGGGUUGAUGUGAACUUUAAUUCGCAAGUAACUGCCGUCCAAGCCCGCUGCCCCACAGUCGUGUCACGAAUACUUUACUAGUGUCAGAUUUUUUAUUCACGAGCUUUAUAAUGUAGUGUCCAUGCCCAAUUGUGAUUUAUGUCAAUUGUGAUAAGACGCCACAUAUGGCGAUCGCUUGUUGUGAAUUCAAUACAAAUUUAUUAUCAAAAUCUAUUCUUGGCUAAUAAAUACGUACAAUCGAAUAAUUUUACAGCCAUUUUUGGAUCGGACCUAAUUUCUGUUUGUGAUUGACGUAAUUCACCCCACAAAGUAAUUCAAUUCAACGUAAUUCACCUGUAUUACUAUCAAACGAGACUGAUAAGCCACGUUGAAAUAGGUAUUUUAACGGUGAGCGUGGAAUGGAUGCCGUCGAAAGACCAUUUUGAAGUUGCAAUAUUUAGAUAUAUAAAUGAUAUAUUUACGUUGCGACUAAUCACGCGCGUGAUGCGAACUCAUCAAGCGUCAACCAAUCGCGUUGUGGCGUUAGACUGCACGAUCGCAUUCUUAUUAGGUACCCGUCCUUAGAUAUAUGUCGAUGACCGCUUGUCAUUCGCAAACUGCAAAAGGAUCGCUAAGGUAUCGCGUGCACUAGUGACUAUUAUGUACAUAAGCGGUUAGCGAAUGUCAUAUUUGCGCGUUCACUGAGACGCACCUGUAAGAUACCUGUUUGCUUGUUUAAUUUUGAAGUGUCUAUUGUCGACGUACCGGGAUUAAUUCCGACUGUCAGCCAUUCCAACUCAUUCUCGGGUACCCGUGUACCCGGUGUACACGCUCAUUCAUUAUUAAUACGUAAUUAAGCGUUGGUCACAUCAUAAACAAUGUUAAUCCUGUGAAUAAUUCAGGCUCAGUCUGUAGACAUCACUUGAACGGAGGUUGUACUUUUACCUUCUUUUAUCGUAGUAUCUAAAUUACAGAUGUAUAUUUCCCGUUAAAUCUUCAAGUUUUAGAAGAUGGCGGAGCUGAUAUUAUAGGUAUAAUUUAGUUUGUAAGUUGUUAAUGUUAUGAUCAGAGUAAGAUGGCUAGUUAGUGUAGUUUGGGGUCUGCGUCGCGUCGGUUGUUCUAACCCUUUACCCUUACUUUUUAAAAUUUUGGACAUUAUAUGUAUUUUUUCCUAGAAUCUCGAGUUCUUUUGACGCUAAUUGAAGAAAAAAAGGGCAGACAAUUUACGUAGGUACAAUUUUCAUUAAGAUUAAAUAAAAGUGGGGGUACGGAUUAUAACGGAGCGGCCCACGCUCGCCUGACAGGACCGUAGUUAAGAAAAGGUAUGUUAAGAUUGCGUUAAUGAGCUUACUAUUGAAUUUAUUAAGACGUCAGUCUCGAUGUCAUGUGACGCGCGAGGUGAAGACUGUCAUAGCUGUAACGAUAGAUAGGUUUUCCAAUUAUUUGUCUCAUUUCCGUCUAAGAUCUUGUUAGGAUACGUUGCUCUAACUAAACUGUGUAAAGUCAUAUUUCCACAUGUGUAAAUAUAAUGCGUAAUUAUAAGUCUUCUUGUCAUUCUCUAUUGAGGCAGCUGUAUUUUAAAUAUGUUUAAUGAUUGUCAAUGUUCAAUUUGUGUUUGUUUAUGUUUAAAAAUAAUAUUCUACUAUCUGAUAUUAUUCAGUGAGUAAAUCCGACUACUUAAUUACAUUUUGGUGUAUAAAUUUAACUUAGUCAUUUGAUUUAAAUACUCUUGUUUGAUCUUAACAUGAGUGCCAUCUUAUUUUUCUCGAGGUAACGUAAUUAAAACGGCUACCUGCGAUGGUAAAAAUGAUAUUAUAUUUAUAUACUUAUUAUAGUUUGUACUCAAGAAACUGCCACUAACGUAAUAUUAAAAUGUGCACUACUUAUACUGUCUCAACCAAUUUUUACGUAGUUAAAUUAAAUUCUAGAAUGUUAUUGCCGCUUCAGACGUACGUUAGGAAUUUGAUCUCAUGUUCACCCGCAAUCAUAAUACAUUAUAACAACUAUAAAACGGCAGCACUAACUCACUUGCGCUUGUCAAAUAAGUUAAGAUUAUGCAACGAGUUCCAAGUUAUAUGUUUAAAACAGUACUUUAACUUUUAAAAUCUGAAAGUCCAAUUAUGAAGUGAAUUAAGCAGCAGCGCUCGCAAGUUCCGUGCUAUCAAAAGCUGGAGUUGCUGCUAAAGUUUGAACCGGCCUGCGGUCGCUGCAUACUGCCUUUGGAAUUUUACGUUCCCCGACACUCAUGCAAAUUAGCGAUUUGCUAAAUAUUGUACAUUUUUUUUUAACUCAGAUUCGUUAAAAUUUUCGAUCUUGAUAAUAUACGAAAUACUUGAUCGGACGGAACGAUUCUGAAGAAGAAGAUUUACACGUACAUAUAAUAUUAAAAUCUUUUUAAUAGGCUCACUAUAACUCUAUCAAGCCAACUAGACAACUUUAACGGGAUAUUUUUUUCUAAAAUAUUUUAGACAUAUCCGUCAGUGAAACAAUAUUUUGUAAGCUACCAGCACCCAACGCAUUAUCAUCUAAUUGGCUUGGGCGACUUAUAAAAUAAGCCUUAGAAAUCCACAAAUUAUUUAUAAUGUGCACAAGUUUCACGCUAUUAACUGCUCAUUAGCCAUCAAACAACUAAUUGACACAAGCACUUAAUUAAUUACAUUACAGGUUGAUUCGAUACGUACUCUGUAAAAUUAAUGCUCAUUAUAAUUACUUAGUACAAAUAUUAAGCACAAUUUGAUUUCAUUAUUGUGUUACCUCUGUCCAAAUAUGUGCCAAAAAGAGCAUUUGCAUUAAAGGACUGAGCACAUAGCCACACAUAUAUGGGGUUGGGACUAGAAUUCUACCAUAUAAGCGUGAUGGUACAUGACCAUUCAUGUAUUAAUGUGCAUCUUAGAUGUGUAGAAUAAGAGAUACUUUGUUCGUCGGUCUCUGAUGUAUGUUAACAAGUGUUUAACCCAAACACAUCAAGCGUCACGUCAUCCCGUCGGCUGUGUGAACACUCCUUUGAUCUAAGGCGUUGUCCACUGUGAGCGACAGAGCGCGUCAAGAGUGACACGAUGGCACGUUACGCGACGUGAUUUUGAACCCCAUCUCGUUACAAAACUGAUUACAUGUGUUAAAUUACUUCAUUUCAUAAUGACAGAUUUAUAUCGUACGUAACGCUUCAUUCAUAAAUUUCAUAAUUGGGCCAUUUUAUAAAACACUUUCUUUCCUCCUAUUAGGAUCGAAAGAGCGCGUUAUUCUGUUUAGAAAUAACAUAAAAAUUGCCUAAUUAGAAAAAAGUGUACUUUAAAUAUAAUGGCCUAAUUCUGGAUAUCAUUUUAUUCUCAUUUUCUCAAUCCUCGGUGUCACAAACUUGGCAUUAAGUUGUCGCUCACUCUGGACAACGCGCUACCCAUCGUAAUAUUCUUAUUUCUACCCAUAUGCCUCCUAGGGAUCAUUUGUUUAAUACUUCACAUCAUUAAAUAUUAGAAAUGGGCCCACCUUAAAUGUAAUAUGAAAUAAAGUAUAUUUUUAUUGAAAUUAUUAUCUAGUUAUGACGAUUCUAAACCGUUAACUUCGUCUUUAUGUAUUCACCCACACGAAUGCUUUGUAUGAAGGAUACAAUCAAUUUAACACAAUUUGCAACUCGGCCAUCCUGACAAAGGCUGAGUCCUUUAGGCCCACUUGCCUUCCACUUGCCUUCCUUCCUUCCACUAACCCGGGGUUAACCGGUUAAACCGGGAGUUGCCAUGGUUAGCCAUACAAUUUGACACUAGGUUAACAGUUUAACCCCGGGUUAGUGGAAUGGUGCCCACUGCCUUAGCAUACUAAAGUUAGAGAGCGAGCUAAUGUAAUUCACAAAUAUACAAAAUAUACCAAAUAUAUUUACGGCAGUGGAGAGAGAAUCAUGUAAACUUAACAUUGGAUUGUUCAGAGAUUGUAUUGGCAAUUGCAUUAAGCCAUUAUUUCCAGUCAAGAUAUUCUUUUUUAAAACCAAUACCGCAACUUAUUUAGACACUAAGUAUUGGCGUUAUUUAUAAAAAAAUGUCAAGUCCAACAAGUUUGUCCCUAUGUCAUAACAAUUUGUGUUUAUUGGAAAGAGAAUUUCAGAAAAGUUUGCAAAGUUUUACGAAUAAGGGGGUAAUAAGCCAAUGUUUAAUUUGCCUGUGAAGCGUAAAUUAGAACUAAUUAAUAUUUUACGGCUGGAUUGAAGUUAGUUAAUAAGUUUGUAAAGCCCGCUCUGCCUCCGACCCAGUUGUCAGGGACGAGAUGGUCGACCCACGGAUGCCUGACCUUGUAGCCAAUUUAAAAACCAAGUUUAGGUACAGUCGCCAUCAGAUGUAUCAGAGCGGCCAAGGUGUUCACAAUAUCUGAACGCGCACUCUAACGCCCUGGCAAUAGAUAUUUGCGAACACCUUGGCUGCUCCGAUAUAUCUGAUGGCGACUGUACCUAUUAUUAGUGAUGAAUUUACUAGUGACUUUUGUUUACAUAGCAAGUUCCAUAGAAUGACACUUUAGGUACAUAGGUACUGUGAAUCUUUAGGAAUGCCAAGCGGGUCGUUAUUCAAAGUAUAUUUCUAAUUUCAAUCCUCACUGAAAAUAACCACCAGCGUAGGCAUUUCUUUCAUGUAAAAUUUAAUUUAAAUGUCACUGGGAUUAUUUGUCAGGGAUUGCCCAAAAUUGCUAUUUGGAGAUAUGCCUGCCGCGCUGACAGCUUUAUUGAUUACUCUCGCCACGCUGAAUAUCAUAAUAAAAUGAGAUAAACAAUAUUCUCUUUGUUGAUUGGGCAAUAAACUUUUUCGGGUGUGAGUAUUUUUGCACGCUAGGAAAAAUUGUAAAGCCUAAUACUAGGCUGACUCUAAAUUGGUAACAUUUUAUUUACUCACUAACACCACCCUCUCUACUUUACGAAAACAUCGAAUAGGUAGGUAAUCAAUAAAAAAUCUAUGAAUUAUAAUCUUAAAACAAAUAUAUAAUUGUCGGUAUAAAUCGUAAGUGCAAAUAAGAGUCUAAAACAAUGUAAUUUUCAACUAGACAUAUCUAUUGUUGAAAUUUAAUACACGUAUCUUGCCACAAUACUAUUUGGUACCUAUUAUACAAAACAAUACUUGUAUUAAUUCAUUUAUCACAUAAUACGUUAACUAGAUUAAUCCCUAUGUUAUUAAUUAGAGUAAACCUGCGAUCAGAAUGUAAAGUCCGUGGGAGUCGUGGGGCGGGCUGUUUAAUAGCAUUCAUUGUAAAAACAAGCUCAGUUAAUAUUAUUAUAAAUUGAUUUUGUAUUAACAUUCGUGUGGGUGUGGUAAAGGCGAGUGCUUUAUAAGGUUAUUUUAUUAAUUAUUAUAAGCUCAACCAGGGUAAGUACGAACGUAUACCUUUGGCAUUAAUGCGUUUUCUUAAAAAAAUAUAAAAAGAAAAUCAGUGUAAUUGACAGUUGUAUCCGUGGCAAACUUGCGACAGUGAGAUGGACUAAAUGCGUUCACAUUAAAAAUGCAUCUAUCCAUUACCUUGUACUUUUAGAAAACGCAAAUUUAAUCCAUAGUCGUAAUUAUCCCGGUUGACUUAAACGGCGUCGCGCCAAUUUUGUAUUCAAAUGUUAGUAACGCAAAUACGUUAUAUUUAAGCCAUUUAUAUUUUGCGUGCAUUAGUCACGAUAUUAGAGACGAGUGAAUAAAGACUGCUAAGCUUCAUACAAAACGUAUUCCUCUAGAGAAACAGAGAGUGAAAAAAACGCAUCACUAUAGAAAUUUAUUCCCUUACAUUUUAUACGGUGACCGCUAGUUUAUAUGUUAUAUCAAAUCUGAUCUGUUCAUACUCGUCUCUAAAAAUAAGGGCCACCCACACUAGCUUCUUUUGAGCGUAGGCGUUUAGUCAGCGCUAUGGAAAAUGGCGUCGCUGCGCAGUUGCGCCAACUUUGCGUCGAACAGCAGCCAUAGAUUUGCCUUGACGCCGACGCUUGGGAGACGCUAGUGUGGGAUGGCACUAAGCGAUGAUAGUUAAUUGCUUUCUUCAUUUCUUCGACUAUGAAGUCUACAUUGAAUCUACUUAUUUUUUAUUAGUUAGCUUUUUGUAUAUUUUUACAAAUACAUAGUUUUAAGGUUCCACAGUACUUACUUUACGAUAAACGUCAAAGAACGAAAAUAAGCCAUAUUUUAUAUUUAAGUAAGUAAUUUUACAAAUCCAAGACAUUCAAUUUGAUGUAAUCUCUACAUGUACGAAUACGAAAUCAAUUGUAAAUAUUAUGAAUUGUAUAAAUAAAUUGAUUUUACGUG